AUGGCCAAGUGCUAUAUCUUAGCGUCUUUAUUGCCAGUCUUACAGAAACAACAUGAGAGCAUGCAGACAGCUGGAGACAUGAUCUUCAGUCUGCAAGAAAUGUUCCAACAAAGCACUCGUCCUGCAAGGCAGCAAGCGAUAAAGAAGUUGAUGAACGCCAAGCAGGCCGAGGGUACUCCCGUGAGAGAGCAUAUGCUCAAGGUCAUGGAGUACCUCUAUGAAGCCUUGGAUCUUGGUGCUGAAAUCGAUGGACAAACACAGAUGGAUAUGGUCUUGGAGACCUUGUCAAGCUCAUUCUCCCAGUUCAAGUUGAACUUCAACAUGAACAAGAUGGAGAUGUCUCUUCCAAUGCUUAUGAAGGAACUUCAAUCCGCUGAGCAGAUAAUGGGAAAGGAGAGGUCUUGUUUAGAAGGUAAAAUGACUAAGAGGUCGUUCAAGUCCAAAGGCCUUAGGGCUAAUGAUUUGCUUGCGUUGGUGCAUACAGACGUAUGUGGACCGAUGACGGUACAAGCCCGAGGAGGUUUUGAGUACUUCAUUACUUUUACUGAUGAUUACUCUAGGCAUGGAUGA